AUGAAUUCUACCGCAUCAAACUCUUUCCCUACUGGUCGCUUGUAUAAAUCUCGAAAGUCUCGACCAUGCGAUUCUUGUCGGAGGCGCAAAGUUGCUUGUGACAUGCCUCAUGGCCCACCCUGCCGCCGAUGCGCUCAUAAAGAUCAACAAUGUACCUUUGAGGAAGGUCCUGGGCCAAGAAAAAGGACUAAAAUUGCACAUUUGUUCGAACAUAAUAUUCAGGCAGUCGAACUUAAUACCCACUACAAUGGUCUAUCAUCGGAACUUCCAUAUGAUAGAACAACCGAAGAGAGCGGGUGGUUUGAAAGUCUUCCAACCUUACAACCCGCAGCGGAGUUUACUGGGCAAGAUACUUAUCACUCAGUCGCAAUCACAAGUCCUCAAAGCACCACAAGUGGUAUGAAUCAGAGUGCAGUUACACAAAGCAGCCCACGCAGUAAUUUAUCACUCCCUGAUUGCUCCACAACAAUCGCCCCAACUGACAACCAACCUCCAAUGCAACUGGGCUCUACCAAGCUUGAUUCACUGGAAUCCAUACCCGGAGCCUUCAGUUUCUAUAUCGGUCCCACUGGUACCUCUGAUAUCCAUGUCCUCACUCAUCAGCCAUAUGAUGCGCAAAAUGUUUCUCUCCCUAAUGUGAAUGGCCUACGCUACCGAAUCAUGAGCACACCAUCACAGAAAAAAGAUGCCAAGGACUUUACCCCGCCAACUGUUUUUGGUAUUACGGACCAUGCACUAUUGACAAAAGCCGAGCCAAAAUUGGGACCGGACAGGAUAGAGGAUGCUUGGUCUCAGCUAUGGGAUAUGAUGGACCCCACUGCAGCAUGGCAUUUAAUUCAACUCUAUGCACGCUAUGUGGAUCCGUACUACCCAAUUGUCUCCAAGAGUCAGAUGCCAUCUGAUCCUUCGCAGCUGCAGUAUAUGUCAUUGGCUCUACUUACCUCAAUAUGUGCGACCGCAUUGCCAUUUAUCAUGUAUGAUGAGACAUUGUAUACAUUGCUGCUACACCCACCUGAGAGUGGCCAGCUAUAUGAGUUGUGUUGGUUGUGUAUAUCGAAAGAAUUACAUGCUCCAUCUCUGGUGACGCUUCAAGCAUGCCUCUUGCUCCUACAACGCCUUCCCACCAAUAUGUAUCUUUCUGAUACUGCAUUUUCAUGGUCAUUAAUGUCCACUGCUCUUGCGAUUGCCCAGACAAUUGGCAUUCACCGUGAUCCUAUGGAUUGGAUUACAGUACCAGCCUGGGAGAGAAAGCUCCGUCGUCGAUUAUGGUGGGGACUUUUCGUGAUGGAGAAGUGGAUCUCGCUCGCUCGCUGA